AUGAGUGCUAAAGCUUCUCCUCUUACUACAAACACCAAACGAAAGUUUGACGAGCUUUAUUAUGAUGAUCACAAAAAUACAGCCAACGGAGGUACACCUAAAAAGACAUCAUCAAAAGCCAAGAACAAUAAUAAUAACAACAAUAUAGAAAGAACUUCUCCUCCAGAUAAGAGAGUAAAGAAGUUUACUUCAUCAGCCUCUCCUAAAGUUGUAGUAUUAUCAUCUGAUUCCUCUUCCUCCAACACAUUGCCACUUUCUAAGAAAGUAAAUAGACGACAAUCCACUGCAGUUGAUAAUGAAAAUAGCUACUCUCCAUCAGGUUCUUCAUCCUCUUCAAGUUCAAGGGAGAAUAGUUGCGAUACUAAGGAAACAAUAAUAUUUAUCAAGAAGGAUCUGCAUUCAAAAGGAAAUGAAUUGAGUGAUUCCAUUGAUAGUGAUGAAAUGCCAUGUAUUUCACAUAAAACAGUCUCCCUCAAACGACCACUAUCACAACAACAAGGAUUUGCAACUCCAAACAAGAUCAGUAGUAAUCCUCAACCACACAUAAGCACAACCUCCACUCAAUCCCAUUCGACCUCCACUCCUCCAAUUCCUUCUAGUUCACAAACCCAUAGUAAUAAUAGUAAUGGUAAUACCACUCCAAAGACUCCAAAAACUUCAUUUGCAACACCUUCCAGCCAAUCCUCUAAUGUAUCUCAAAAAAAGAUUUCACCUUCUCCAUUUUCUCAACAUUUCCCUAAUUUAACAAGACCUUAUUUAUCAUCACCUCGUGAUACCAAAUCUCCAUUAUCCACUCCAAUUAAAACAUCCAGCCAAGUUUCAAUGGUGUCUGAUAAUGCACCUUCUCCUACCUCUGUAAAAACUGGUCCAAACCAUCAAGCAACCCUUCCAAUCCUCUCCCAAAAACCUAAGAAAUUUCCAGUAUCCUACUCUCAAAAGAUUGGACAAUGCAUAUGGACUCCUCUUGAAUCCAAUUCAGAAAAUGAAGGAAUGCUCGAAGAGUUUGAGUUAUUCUGCAUUAAAACCAUCAGAGAUCAAGACAGUUUUAUACCAGAUAAGGCCCUUGAAAUUCUACAUACCUUCGACAAUGACAUCAAACAAGCUAAAUUAUAUGUGAAGGAACAUCCAAAACAAAUCACAAGAAGGAGGAUUUUAACUGACGAACAAGAAGCAAAACUCUACAAGGCCUUCAAUGAAUUCCAUCUCUACAAGGGUUCUCUUAGGAAUUUAUACAAGGCAGUUUUGCCAGAGGUACCUUAUUUUGAUUUGGUUAAUUAUUUUUUCAUUUACAAAAAGGAAGAAUCUAAGGUUCCACCAAAACUCAGCAAAAUUGUUCGUAAUGGUCUUUUAAGAGCUGCUCAAAUGCGCAAUAUCAUUUCAAAUCAAGCAUCAUCCUAUCAAAACAAUGACUCUGAUAGUAGUGGUGACAGUAGUUCUGAUGAUGAGAAUUGUUCUGAUAGUGCAACAGAGGGAACUCCAUCAAGACAAGGUAAUAAUAAUAUAAAGAAGGAAUCUAAUCAAAAUGAAGAAGAUGAUUCUGGUGAUGAAUCCUCUGAUUCAGAGGAGGAAGAAGAAAAACUCAAGUCUACCCCAAUCAAAUCACACUCAAAUAGUAAUCAUAUCAAAUCUCAAACACCUCAUUCGACCUUUUGUUUGAGUGAUAGUGAGGAAGAUGUUAGUUUCAAAGAUCAUGAGUUUGUCAAUGAUCUUGCACAAUACAGCAAUCAUGAUGCUUCUUCUCAGGAGGACAGAGCUUACAUACCUAUUGAGAAUGAAGACUCAACCUCAACAACAGAAGUCAACUGCAGUGAUGAUACCAACAAGAAGAAAUCUGCUGCUGCCAAUAAGAAUGAAGCAGAGGACAGUCAAUCCCGAAGCCAAAAUACAACACCAACAAAAGGAAAAUCAAAUCUUCAAAUACAUAUUGAAGAUCAUCAUGAUGAAGAAUUGGAUUGUUCUUCACCAAAACCAUCAUUUGGUGCUUCAUCAUCAACUUGUUUGGCAACUCCUUUGAGAAGUAAUAUACAACAACAACAGCAACAACAACCCGUGAUGACAAAGUUUGUUCUCGAUGAUGAAACUGGAAAAUUGGUACAAGCUGCUUUUGAUGAGGAUGAAAUUCAAGAUUAUUUGGAUGCUGAGGAUUCAGAUUAUGAUGAGGAUGAUUCCGAAGAUUAUGACGAUGAAUACGAUUUAGGAGAUCAAUUGGAAAAGGAAUUUAUGGAUCAAGUUCUUGAGGAGUCAAUGAAAACCCUAGAUAUACUAUCACCAGUUAAACCACCUGCUGGUUCCGAACAUGUGUUUGAUUUUGUGACAGGUGGUGCUCAGGAUAUUCUCGAAAAGCAACUUCAAUUUGAAGAUGAGGAGGAAGAAGAAAUACUCAUGACUGAUUUUGCUGAAGGAAUUGUCAAAUGUAUUCCAUUGAAAGAAUACGAAGCUGCCAUUGAGGAAUCUUCAUCAUCAAUAUUGAUGGAAGCUUGUAUGGCUGAAAAUUCAUAUUAUUAUAAUGUAUUUCAAAGUGCUAUGAAGAGAUUUUAUUUGGAUGUGAAAAGAUUUUUAAUAACUCAGUCAUACAGAAAGAAACAAAACGAUCCAUCUCUUCAGGUAUCUUCUGAUGAGGAGGAAAUUAAGAAAAAGUGCUAUGAAGUUCAACCAACAUUGUCCUAUUUGGAAAAUGAAAUUUAUGACAAUUUUGUACCAAAAAGCUCUCAAAGGGAUGAUAUUCUUUCAGAUAGUGAAAUGAUUCGUAUUGCUCAACAAAUUAUCAAAUCAAAAGAGGAGAGAAGAAAAUUAUUUUAUGAAUGGACUGAAGAAUGUGAUAGAAAUGCCAUAGCACCUGAUACUAAGGAUGAAAUGGAACAUUUUGAUGACGAUCCAAAUGAUCCAGAAUAUGAAGAUGCAGCCAAUAAGGAUGAGUUGGACAAGCUGAAAAGAUUCAAAACUAAUGGAGCUCACAUUAGAAGAAUUAAAAUUGGACAAUGGUCACCAACACUCAAUUAUGAUGGGCAAUUCCUGCUAAAGGCAUCUCCACUAUUGAAAAAGAUUUACUACAAACUGUUCACAUAUUCUCCAAAGUAUCACAUACGACCAGAGAGUUUAGACGAAAAGGAAGUGUUGGAAUCUUAUAUUGUCGAGUCAUCAGCAUCAAAGGAAUCAUUUAAUGAUCAAGUAUCAAGAGAAUUUGAUAGAUUUAAGGUUAGUCACGCACUUUGGAUGGAAAUUGACUAUGGAGAUAUCAUUGGUAUUCAUUUACAAAAGACAUCCACGCCUAAAUCCAUUCAAGAUCAUCCUCUCGGUUUGCUUGUGCUCCUUUUAUCAAAGAAACCAAAAUUCCUUACCAGAAGAAUUGCUUGUACAGAUCAACAACUUAAUACCCUCAGAGAACGUGCAGAUUUUACCAACGAUAAGCAGGCCUCAUUGUACAAUAGACAUUACAUUAUUGGAGAUUAUAGAGAAUUGAAACGAGUUCUUUCAGUAAUUUUACAAAGUGAUGAUAGUGGCAGAUUAUCGAGAAUUUAUCAAGAUGGCAUGGAAAACAUUUUCGAAACAGAGCCAAUUUGGAGCUAUGAUCCCUCAGAGGAUGAUAAAUUUAUCGAUCCAUCCAAGGACACAAUAGAUGAGGAAAACUUAGUAAGAGCCCUCCCUGAUGAAGAGGGUUUCUUUGAGGCAGAAGACGAAGAAGAGGAAGCUCUCUACGAGCUCGAAUACGACUCUGAUAUUGGAGAGUUUGAUUUUAAAAAUCUUGGUACCACUUAUCAAUUGAGCAACGACACUACAGAAUUGGACAAUUAACCCUUUGAAUUUCCAAAUCUGUAGUCAUUAAUACUACACCAUCAUUUUGUAAAUAUGAUUCGCUCACAAUAUUGAUAAGGUUGGAACUAGGAAAUGUUACAACAAAAAACUAUUCGAUAUCCAUUCUAAUUUCAUUUUUAGCAAUCAACAGUUCACCUUUCAUUACAAUAAUCGGUAUUGAAGAGAUUUUCAUUCCACAACCAAUAAAGCAACAAG